CAUGCACUAUAAUUUUAUUUUUAACGCGCGUGUGCAACGACCUUCGUAAGACCGGAAACCUUAAAGGAGAAAAAAUGAAGACCAACACGUCUUCAUGCUUGAUCCUUGAAAUUCAAGUAUAUUUAUGCCGAUCAGCAUGAAGGAAAUGGUCGGCGGAUGUUGUGUAUGUUCCGAUGAAAGAGGAUGGGCCGAAAACCCCCUUGUUUAUUGCGAUGGACAGGGUUGCAAUGUUGCAGUCCAUCAAGCAUGCUAUGGUAUUGUGCAGGUGCCAACAGGGCCAUGGUUUUGCAGAAAAUGCGAAUCUCAAGAAAGGGCCGCAAGAGUGAAAUGUGAAUUAUGUCAACAGAAAGAUGGUGCCUUGAAAAGAACAGAUUCUGGAGGAUGGUGUCAUGUUGUAUGUGCUCUGUUCAUACCAGAAGCAUGGUUUGCUAAUGUUCAAACAAUGGAACCAAUAGUUCUAAAAAAUCUGCCUCAAGAAAGGUUUAACAAGAUUUGCUAUGUAUGUGAAGAGAAGGACAGAGCAAGCAAAGCAUCUACUGGAGCUUGUAUGCAGUGUAAUAAAAAUGGAUGCAAACAAUAUUUCCACGUUACUUGUGCCCAGGCCCAAGGUUUAUUGUGUGAGGAAGCUGGUAACUAUGGUGACAAUGUCAAAUACUGUGGUUAUUGUGAUUAUCAUUACAAAAAAUUAAAAAAAGAUGCCAAUAUAAAGAUCAUUCCUCCAUUUAAGCCAAUACCAGCAGAUAAUGCCACCCCUGACUCAACACCAGAGAAAACUUUCCCAAGCAACUUUGAUAAAAUGAAGCCUAAACAAAACAAAGCUGAGGCAAAAGGUUCAGAAUAUAAUACACAAACAGUUCGUCCAUUUUUAUCUAAUUUUCCAUCGCCUAGUGCCAUUAACAAUGAGAAAGCAAGACAGCCAAUUACUACUCCACCCUUGUCUAAUACAAGUAGUGGUAUUGGGACAGAUUCUUCUGCUGUUAGUCCUACAGAGUCUCCGUCUCAGGACGAUGCAGAAUGGCGGGACAGAAAUAGUGAAGAUCAUUUAAUAAAUGUUGUUGAUAAUUCUAGUAACUGUUCUCCUAAUUCUGGGAAAACAGAGAAACUUUUCUCUGCCGAUUCUAAUUUCUUGUCAGGAGGACCUGAUUUAUCUAAUAGUGCUCUACCUCCUCAGAACAAUGUUUUUACGGGAAAUCUGGAGAAAUUUCUAGCCUCUACAAAACAAGCUGAACCACCGCCUGAAGAAGAUUCAGAUACAGAAACAGAAGAUUUAGAUCCUGGGAUACCUAAACGUCCAAGGUCAAGGUCUUUAGAUAAGAAUAGUAAAAAGUGUAAAAGAACAAAGCCAGCUGUGAUAAAGAAAAAACUAGGUGCUAACUCUCCUCCUCUCAGUAAAAAGAACAAAUCUAAACCAGAAACUACACAAGCAUCAAGUUUUUCUGUAUUUGGUGGAAGUCCAGUAUUUCCAACUCUUGGAACAUCAGGAUCACUACAACUCCCAUCAUUUGUCAAAACAGCACCCAGCAGUAACUUGAACUUGACAUGUCCUCCAAAAGUCUUUCCAUCUGUAGCUUCAUCUACCUCAACAGAAGUCAACCAAACAAGCGAGUUCCCAGCAACAAUGGAACAAUUACUUGAGAGACAGUGGGAACAAGGAUCUCAGUUUUUAAUGCAGCAAGGACAACAUUUUGAUAUUGCAUCCUUAUUAAAUUGUUUACAUCAAUUGAAAAAUGAAAACCAUAGAUUAGAGGACCAUGUAAAAUCGUUAACAGCCAGGCGAGAUCAUCUGUUGGCUGUCAAUGCAAGACUUUCUGUACCAUUCUCUGCCAACACUACAGAACAAGGACCAGCUAAAACCAAAGAGGAAGUGGUAUUACCAUCCGCAUCAACAGUCUCAUCAACAACCAUGCUGUCAUCCACAAGUACUACAGGAACAACAUUACCUAGCAGCAGUUCAAAUUUGAUCUCAUUCAAGCCUCACCAGACAGCAUCAAAAACUACAGACUCAUCUCAUAAUAUAUCAGGUCAAAAUAAAAUGGACGACACCUGACCAAUCCUUGUUAUAGAAGAUUAUUUAAAUUUUGUUCUUUAUAGAUAUUUAAUAAUGUGCCAUCAGUUAAGUUAUUGUUGAUUCACCAAGUAAGAUUUUUGUUCUGGUAUAAUCCAAUUAUUGUCAGGUGAGAUGGUUCAUUAAUAAUUGACAUUGCAUCCUGUUGUUUCAGUGGCCAGACAAUAGAUAUUUUACUUCUUAGGCACUUCCUGUUAGAGAAAAUACUGCAAUUAGGUAUUAUCAGGGUCAGAUUGAAAAACUACUAAAGGAAAAAUAUUGUGGAGUCAACCAAAUAAUACCUUUCUUCCAGUUUACAAAAUAAUACCUUUCUUCCAGUUUACAAAAUAAUACUUUUCUUCCUGUAUGCAAAAAUUGUUAAAACACAAGAAUUUAAGUUGUUUUACAACCUUUGGACAUCAGUUCCCAAAGAAAGACAAAUAAAUGCACAGUAGUAAUUAAAAAUAUCAGGUUCAUUUUAAUACCCAAAAUAUACUGUUACUUUUUGCAUUGAUUGUUUGAAUAUGGAAAUGAAAUAUUGUCAGCUAUAAUUAUCUCAUGUGUAGUAAGAACAUUGUUUAUGGAAUGCUCUAGAACAAAUCUGUAAAUGUACAUAGUUAAAUUGCAAAGUACACAUUUUGUAAAUUCUAUUCAUGACAUUAACAUUAUCAAAUUGAACCCCCCAUAAUGUCAACAUUUCACUAACAAGUCACUGUUCCUUUCUACUUUCUGUUUGUAAAAUUGUUAACAACCAAUCAAAGUUCUGCCUCAAAUUUUGUAAUGAUUUGAACCAUUAUCUCAAAACCCCAUGAUGACAUCUGAGAAUACACAAGAACAUUGUCAGAACCUGGUAAAGACACAAUCUUUUUAUGAUAUUGCAGUUCAUCAGCUCAGUGAACAUGACUUUAUAGACAAUGGAAUAACAGGGUAAGAAUGGAUCAGAAAAUUUUAAAUUAAAUUCUAUGUUUUUAAGUAAGGCACCACAAGAUAAUGGUUAGCAUGGGCGAGUCUUACUACCUCUGUUAAAAUCUUGUAUUUGCUUAUUCUUGCCCUUAAUGAAAUUAGCAAAUACCUGUAAAAACCAAUGUCUGAGGUAAAUGGUUGAUUAAAAACAAAAGGGCCAUGUUGUCUCAUCUGGAUAUUUACAUUUGCUUGAGAAAGUAAGAGUUUAUUACAUAACUUGUUGUUUCUACUGUCAAUUGAAGUAAAAUGAUUAUGUCUACACCUCAUAUUUAUCAUAUUUUAUAUUUUUGAAAAGUUGAAAAUGUUAAUGGUUUAUAUUGAUUGGCAUUGCUUACAGGUUUAAUACAUUAUUGACUAGACAGUAUUAACUUAUGCUGGUUAAUUGUUGUUUAUUAGAAGUAAAUAAAUUCAAUUGAAUUCAAUUUUUUAUUUAAAGUUGAUAUUCAAUGAUCAGAAUAUAAAACACAGAAAGUAGUGAGCUUUUCAAACCAAUAACAUAAAAUAUAUAAGCACAUAUAUACAAAAGUCAUACUAAAAAGCUCAACUUGUUUGUUCAACUAUUUCUCCUAGAUGCAAUAUUUCUACAAUAAAGAAGAACUGGUAGUGGGAACAUUCUACAUAAUGUUUUAAAAUGUUAAUAACUUAAAUGUUUAUUUGCAUUGACAUUAAAUUUUCAGUUAAUCAAUACCUAUUUAUAUACUAGUAGUAUUUUCAGUACAUCAAGCUAAACAACUGCAAUUUAAUCAAUUUACAACAAUUUUAAGUGCUAUUCAUUUAUCAAAUACACUUUAGAGGGAAAUCAUUGUAUGUUUUUUAUUUUCCCUUUAGGUUAUUUAUCCACACAAUGCAAAGUUUUUUUGGUGAUUUCCUUGCGUGUGAAGUAUUUUUUCCUAAUAAAUUGCUCAUUCAAAAAAGUUUUACAAAAAAUGAGUUCACGAUUUAAUUUUUUUUACUUUUACUACCUGAAAUCAUAUUACCUCAGAAUGAUUCAUCUAAGUACAGAUUUCAUCUAUGUAAAACAGUUCCCAUAUCUGUUGGCAGCUACUGAAUAUUCAUAAACACCUUGGUCAAGGUACCGUUUGAUUGGACCAUAUCAAAUAAACAGACUAACAAAGGUUUCUUCGUAAAAAAUAAAGAAAUAUGAUUUUAAAUAUUGUUUUUUUAUUGUUUUAACUUGUAAAUUUUAAGCACUUUACUGCUAUUUAUUUGUAAAUACUGUAUAUAUGAUUUGUAUAUAGAUUACUUUGUACGUGUGACAGAAUGUGUUAUUUUAUUGUAUUAUAGGCAUCCUUUUAAUUCUUUUUUAAAGAGAUUAUAGUGAAUCAACCUAAUGUUGUUGAUUUAACCUUAUCCAUGAAGUUAUUAAAUUCUACAAGUUCAUGUCUUAUUCCCAGAAAUAAACUUCCAUUAUCAAAAA